AUGGGUGAAAACGACCAGCAGAACCUUUAUGUCCUAGUGACCGGUGCCAACAGCGGCCUGGGCUUCUCAAUAUGCUGCCGACUCGCCGACGAAUUUCUCUCCACGCACCCCGAACCGCAAUCGCUAAACGUCCUUUUCACGACCCGGAGCUCGCGCAAAGCCCAAGAUACCCAACAACGCCUAGAACAACACGUUCAAUCCUCCUCCGUUCGCUCGGCCGCCACGCGAGUGAAAUUCAUCCCCGAGAGCGUCGAUCUAGGAGACCUCCUCUCCGUACGCGCACUCUCUCGCCAACUCCUACAGAAAUACCCCAAACUUGACGCCAUCGUCCUAAAUGCCGGACUCGGCGGAUGGUCGGGAAUUGACUGGCCAGGCGCUAUCUGGGGUGUAUGCACCGAUCUCGUGCAGCAGGUGUCAUGGCCAACAUACAAAGUCGCACCCGUGGGCGUCUUGACAGACAGACAAACAGAGGAAAAGAAAGAACCACCGCUAGGAUCUGUGUUCUGCGCCAAUGUAUUUGGUCACUACAUGCUGGCGCAUAAUGUUGUGCCUCUGUUGAAGCGAGCGCGUACCAAUGGACCCGGACGAGUGAUUUGGGUCUCGAGUAUCGAGGCUACAAUCAAACUGUUCGACGUCAAUGACAUCCAGGGUCUUCGGACUAGAACGCCCUAUGAGUCUUCUAAGGCUCUUACGGAUAUCUUGGCCUUGACGUCAAAUUUGCCCAGCGCGGCUCCGUGGGCCGUUGAUAGCUUUAUGCGCGAUGAUACUGAGGAUCGGGCUGCUUCUUCUGAUACGCCUACUAUGUUCCUGUCACACCCUGGGAUCUGUGCUACUACUAUCAUUCCCCUUGCUCUUCCCCUUAUCUGGGCUAUGGUGCUCGCGUUUUGGGCUGCGCGUAUGCUGGGUUCCCCGUGGCAUACUAUGUCUACUUAUAUCGGGGCCUCUUCUCCGGUUUUCCUGGCUUUGGCAUCGAAGGCUGCGCUAGACGCUGCCGAGCGGCCUUAUCACCAGGCGGGCGGUGGGCGAGCGAAAUGGGGUUCCUCUGCUGAUCGACUCGGCGUUGGAAGUGUCAUUUGCACUGAGACAGAGGGCUGGGGCUAUGGUGGUGUUGUUGGAACUCCUGUUCUCGAGGCUGAUCGAAACCGAUGUCGGAAGCGUGGUGCAGUGGAUCUCACCAAAGAAGAUAAGGAGAGGUUUGAGGAGCUUGGCCGCCAGUCCUGGAAGCAGAUGGAGGAGUUGCGGAUCAAGUGGGAUGCGAUCCUGGACCGGGCUGAGAAGACUGCGGCUUGA